GUCCAAAAUAUCCAUCACCGUUAGUAUUGGCUUAUAGUGCCAAGCCUGAUGGAAAUCUGCGACCACAACCUACGUACAGGUGGCUGCCGUUGCAUUCUAGACUCUAAGACAUGAAGUUUGUACUAGACCCGAAAAUGCGCCCAGAAAUAAGCGAGGUGUGACAUGUCAACUUGAUUUGCCGGCCGGUCGCGGUGCCAAGGGAUGGAGUGAGAUUUGGAAUUAUGCCAUACCUAUUCUCACUCUGUAGUACGAAGACCAGGGCCCGGAACUGAAACCGACACCGACAGCCGCAAUUGAUCAGCUGAUAAUACUCAGCUCAGCUCAGCUCAUGUUAUUGAACUUGAAUAGUUUACUCGAUCUCGCUUGAUCUCGCUUGAUCUCGCUUGAUCUCGCUUGAUCUCGCUUGAUCUCGCUUGAUCUCGCUUGAUCUCGCUCGAUCUCGCUCUUUCUCGUUCCUGACACAACAACGCAUAGUGUAAAUCUACAAUGGAUCAGACCAGCAACGAACAGCCGAACAUUGCCAACAAGUCGCAACCGGGACAGGAUGAGGGGAAGAUCGCUCCUUCAAGUGAGAAAGCAGUAGUUGGCAAACAUGCACCACUCCCAGCGCCAGCAACACAACAGAAUAAUGGCAAACGCAAACAACGUCGCGGGUUCUGCAACCCAAUCUUCACCUUUUUCAGCGCGAUUGCAUCUUUAUUUGUUACUAUGAUCAGUAUAUCUGCUGCUGCUGGACAAGGAAUGUCAAAGGCGUACUGGCAUAUUCCACUUCUCUACGGUGAUGAGACAACCCGGGAAUGGCCCGAUGUGACCGGGUUUAGGAAUGGUUGUGUAGCUGGAGCUAAGAGUUUAUUUUUCGGCAUUUACGAUGGGAUCACGGGCCUUGUUGUGUUGCCUUACAAGGGUGCUCGGAGAGCAGGUAUCAAAGGGUUUGGGGUAGGCAUUCUACACGGGAUUGGUGGGCUAAUAUUCAAACCACUCUCUGGGUUUUGGGCAUUUUUUGGACACCCGGUUCUUGGCCUUCACAGGCAUUUUUACAAAAACCGGGAGGAUCCUUUAUCCCACCUCUAGCUCCUUGUUGACGCACUCUACAGGUGUGUUGAAGAGUCACACAUUGCUAAUAUGAAGGUUGUGGCGGCUUGGAAGUGCUUGGACGUAAUCGGCGUGGUUGCAUAUGUCGAAAUGCAUUAAUAAUGACCCAAUGAUCGUGACGCAGGACUAUAGAGAGCUAGUUCCCCGUGAUCGGGAAGAUUAUAAAAGUAUUAUGUGUUUUGCUUAUUCUUUUCAUUUCUAUGUCUUCGCUGUAUCCCCCUUCUUCGCUACUAGAGGGUAGGUAUAACAUUUCAAAAGCUAGCAAAAUAUCCGGUUUUCUCAACAGCACAGCCUAGGCAGAUAGGCAUUUGCUGGAUUAAUCUACUACCUGCACUAAUAUAACCCAAAUUCAAGAUGGACCGACAAGUUCCGAUGAUUCCUCGUCUUCGUAAGGCAACACAGUCUCCACGGCCUCAACUACACAGGAAAUAUAUAGUCAGC